CAAUCCUCUCUCUCCCCACCCCUUCCUUCAAAUCCCACUUUUCUUCUGUGUUUUUUCUUUUUUUCAUCAGACAAGUGUCUCAUCUUCUUCCAGAACCCAGAAAAGAUCAGUUAUGUGUGGUCAAACGCUCUUCCUUUUCAACAUCUUUCCAACCCUUUAAUCCCUGCAACCUUUUCUUCUUCAUCCAUGGCCGGUAGUAAUGAAAUCAACGCUAAUGAAGCCAAGAAAGUGGUUCCGCUUCAUACAUGGAUCUUAAUCUCCAACUUCAAACUAGCUUACAAUAUGCUCCGGCGACCGGACGGCACUUUCAACCGUGAGUUAGCUGAGUUUCUUGAUCGCAAAGUGGCGGCCAACACCGUUCCGGUGGACGGUGUGUACUCUUUCGACGCGGGACUGGAUCUCGUUCAAGAUUGGCAAUUGGCAUAUGUUGAUGGGCUACAAAAUGCAGGGCAAGAAGUGAAGCUUUUGUUCUUGAAAAAGGCGACGAUCGGGUUCUAUUUCUUGCCCAAUAACGAGCAUUUCUACACCUUAAUGGAUGAGAUCAAAAGCUUUGUGAGCUCUUAAUUAACCCUUUUGUUCAUAGAUCAUGAAAUCAAGAAGAAACCCCCCCAAAAAAAGACUUAACUUUUCAACUACAGAAGAUACAUAACAAAAGCUUUUGACAUUUUUAUUACUACUACUAUUAUUAGUCUUUCUUUGCUUCUUUUUCA